CGAUCAUCGAGCGUAUUCUGUGUAGAGUUCUUUAAUAUUCGCCUAAUUGGUUGGAUUUAAUCGUUUCCGCGCGUAUGGUGUUGGUGUACGGACUAUGAACAGCGCAUAUUUGUGGCGGGCCGUGCGGCAGGGUCGUCAGCGGCCGCGUGGUUCGCUCCUUUCUUUUAGCCACUAGUUUCCCAGCGACGUCGCUUCGCCGUGCUCGCCUCGCGCGUCGUUCUCUUUGAAUUUUAUUUGAUCCAAGUAUCCGAGUAUUAACUGCGGCGUGAGUUCGACCGGCCGUCAACUGCAUACAUUCGGUUUCCGCGAUUAAUCCGUGUUCAUUGUAACCGGCUGCACAUACGAACGAACACAAACACUUUUGUUUAUAAGCCGAAGCAUGCGACUCUUGUGUUCAGUAUUUAGUUAUGAAACCUUGUAAUCGCGUGGGUGAUUUCUAAAUUAAGCGCUGGCAAUUGUGAUGUGGACGACGUGUUUUUGUGGUGCAUCGUACGUACACGUUUGAGUUGAGUUUCUGCGCUCUUUGUGAAGUGCGUAAAUAAAACAGAUGCAAACUGUCAAGUGGAUAGAGAUGGUGCGGCUCGGGCCCACUACCACAGAAACAACUUCUACUUACGACGACGAAAAGGUGUUGUCGAUGAGCGAUGAGCUUCGUCGCGCGCUGUACUCGUCGGGCGCCUCCAUCGAUAUGGAGUUCUCCCCGCCCGACCUCAUCGGCACCUCGGAGGUACUCACCAUGGAACACAGAGAGAAGCUGUGCUCGGUGCUACCGGCGCGCGCCCAGGGCUACAUGUGGCAGCUGGCGUUCAGUACGAGCCAGCACGGGUUCUCCCUCGCUUCCAUGUACCGCAAGAUGCAGCGCGUCGACAGCCCCGUACUGCUCGUCAUACAGGACACAGACAACAACGUGUUUGGUGCUUUGACAUCGUGCGCGUUGCACCCAUCGGAGCACUUCUACGGCACGGGCGAGUCGCUGCUGUUCGCGUUCCAGUGCAGCGGCGAGGAAGCGCGCCGCCAGUCGCAGGCAGCCAUUGACAGCGCCAAGGACAAGGACAACAAGGACGACGCAACCAAGGAUGAUAAAGGAGAUCAACCACCACCUGUGAAAACCAAGUUCAAGUACUGGGGCUGGACAGGGGAUAAUAUGUAUUUCAUACGCGGCAGCAACGAUAACAUAUCUAUUGGAGCUGGGGAUGGCAAGUUCGGUCUUUGGCUGGACGGCGACCUGUACCUGGGACGCACGCAGCGCUGCAAGACGUACGGCAACGAGCCGCUGACUACGCGCGAGGACUUCAUCGUCAAGAUCAUGGAGUGCUGGACCUUCAUCUGAGCGGCGCGGCGCCACAGCCCCUCGCCGGACUCGCCGCACGCGCCGGACGCUAUGCGCUCCACGUUUCUACUUUCAAAUCAAAAAUAAGCUUUAGAUUAUCUUAUGAAAUUUGCUACGAAGAUUUGACACUUUUACAAGUCAGUCUUUUCGACUUUAGUACCGAUGAGUCUGAAAACGAUUUUGUACUCGCAUUGUGACUCGAAACGUAGCGGCGCGGAUCACCAUCGAUCGGCCGAUAUGAAGACAAUAUUAUAAACGUGUACGCGCAUUUCUAGUCAAAUGUACUGAAACCUGACCAAUGUUUUCAUCCUCUCCGAAUUUAGAGGCGUGUUCGGAUACGAGUGCCGCCGCUCGGGCGCGGGCCGCUAUCGCCCGCGACUCUGCUGAGCAAGUGCAUUAAUCCUAGUCAAUUGUCAUUUGUAUGUAAGUUGGGAGCUCACCGCUGCCGGGGGCUCCAGGACGGCGAUAUCUGUUGCGGCAACUCGGGCGCCGCGCCGCGGCCACAGGCCACCGCCGUUCGCCCGGACAGUCCGAUAAUUAUUACGUGUCAAUUCAUACAAUUAAUAUUGUGCAUUGUUGUUAAGGAAAUUAAAAGCAUAUUUGUAACUAUAAAAAUCUGUAUGUUAUGUAGAACUUUAUAUAUUAACGAAUCAAUCAUUACCUACAUGUUUAGAGGCCGACUUAUUGGCGUGUCCAGUACCGAGGCAUUAUGACACAUUUCAUUUCAUAGUGAUUCUGGUUCAUUCAUGACUUAUUGUCGGAGGCAGCUUGUAGCCAGUGGUCCUUGGCCAAGUGACGACAGCGUCGAGCCUCGAGCCACUCGUGUGUAGCCCGCGCAAGGGUCGGUGACACUGUCAGUAUAUUUUAUUUAUUUACUAUUUGUGUAGGUUUUGUAUGUUAUGUUGUCGUGUCUGAUUGUAUUGAGUCAUAAUAUUAAGUUAGUGAGCAUAAUUAUGUUACACUUGUACUGUGAUUUGAUUAUUAUGGUUGCAUUUUUAACUUAUUGGAGCGUUGUCACUGAUUACCUGCAUUAACAUAUUCAUAUAAUCAUCAUACCGGUCGAGAAUUAGUGAAUAUCUAACAUAUCUUCAUCUAUGUCACACAUUUAUAUGAAUGUUUACUAUAGACACAAUACGAACACGCGAAUAUAAUAGUCUUCAAUAAACCAUAGAUUAUUUUUGUGAUGUGACGCUUCAGUACAGAGAUGAGUAGCCAAUAUAUGAAUAUAAUUAAUUAAAUAGAAAAAAAAACUUAAAUAGAUAUCUUAGAAUGCUUGAUGAAUGUAAUCGUCAUUGUGCUUAGUAAUCGUUAGCAUGAUGUUACUCAGAUCUAUCUGGUCGUAUAACAUUAUUUAUUUGUCCUAUGUGUAAGCACGCGCUAGAGCCAUCGCGCCGCGCUGCGCGGGCGCAACGCCAGCGCAUAUAUCUACUGCUAUGGCCAGUGUAAUGGCGCCGUCUUCUGGUUUUGUUUCAUAUGUCUACUGUAUAUACAAGAUAUUCCUAUGUGAGAUUAGAAAGAGAUAUAUAUUUUUGUGGAGACCACGCGAAGUAUUAACUUUUGUGUAUAUCGGAUGGUAGAAAGUACAAGUACCACAAAGUGUGUCCCAACUGUUAAUGAAGUGUAGAAUAUUACGCGUGCGUCUUAAUCAGGCAGAAUAUUUUCACGUUGUUAUUGUUUGUAUACAUCAAGAAUGUAAUAGAUGAACUUAGGUUUUAAAAAUUAUAUCGGCAUAAUUAUUGUUAUAAAUUUAUAAUCAUUAGACUUGUUGAGUAGCAGUGAGAAUUUAAAAUAUAUUUAUUUAUUCUGUUAUGGUUUCCAUCGUACGGUUGCUGUAGCUGCAUUACUUUAUCGGUGAUGAUUUAUUAUAUAAUUCUAAGUUGUUAAAAUGUAAAUCAAGCCAUAAUAAUUGAGAAUAUAUUCUUUUGAGAAAGGAAUUGUUUUAUUUAUGUAAUCAGAAAAUACAUUGGGUUGUUGAAGAUGACAGUGUAGUGUUUAGCUGUCAUCAAUACUGAUAUCUGUGUCGGGGACGGUAUCCGGAUGAACUGUCGUCAUAGUGGGAAUAGUCAUUGUAUCCUCUGUUGUCGCGACGUCCGUAGUUGCGAUCCCUGUUAUUGUCUCGCUGGUAAGGAUUGUGGCGUCUGUUGGCGCGACGGUCGUUGUUACGACGACCCGAGUUAGGAACCCACCACGAAUCUAACACAGGUGGUGUGGAAGGCAAUUCAUUGUAAACUUUCAUAAAAUCAACAUCUUUCUCAGUAAAUCUAUCUUUCAGUUCUUCCUCACAUUUGGCUAAAAAUUCUUUAUCUUCAGCUGAUAAUGUAUCAGCAGCCAUUUUAAUUUGAUAUGUUGGCAGGGUACUCUGUUAUAAAAUCAAGA